AUGGCAGCAGCUGGAGGUGGUUGCCAGCAGGCCGGAGCCGGUGAGCACGCUCGCGCGCAAUGGUGUCGGAGAGGCAGCAGCAGCAGGCGGCGGCGGCGGGGGAAGGUGGCUGCCUUCAACCUCGCGGAGGCCGGCUUCGGCGACCAGGCGGAGCUGCUGGACGACGACGGGCGCGAGAGGCGCACGGGGACGCUGGUGACGGCGAGCGCGCACAUCAUCACGGCGGUGAUCGGGUCGGGGGUGCUGUCGCUGGCGUGGGCGAUCUCGCAGCUGGGGUGGGUGAUCGGCCCCGUGGUGCUGCUGGCCUUCUCCGCCAUCACCUGGUUCUGCUCCAGCCUCCUCGCCGACUGCUACCGCGCGCCCGACCCCGUCCACGGCAAGCGAAACUACACCUACGGCCAGGCAGUCAGGGCAUACCUGGGGCGAUCAAGCGUUCCAACUGCUUCCACAGCAAGGGGGCACGGCGCCGACUGCGAGGCGUCCAACACCACCAACAUGAUCAUCUUCGCGGGCAUCCAGAUCCUGCUGUCGCAGCUCCCCAACUUCCACAAGCUCUGGUGGCUCUCCAUCGUCGCCGCCGUCAUGUCCCUCGCCUACUCCUCCAUCGGACUCGGACUCUCCAUCGCAAAGAUCGCAGGUGGGGUGCACGUGAAGACGUCGCUGACGGGUGCCGCCGUGGGGGUUGACGUCACCGCGAGCGAGAAGAUAUGGAAGACGUUUCAGUCCCUGGGAGACAUCGCCUUCGCCUACUCCUACUCCAACGUCCUCAUAGAAAUCCAGGACACGCUGCGGUCGAGCCCGCCGGAGAACGUGGUGAUGAAGAAGGCGUCCUUCAUCGGCGUGUCCACGACCACCACGUUCUACAUGCUGUGCGGCGUCCUCGGCUACGCGGCGUUCGGCAACGACGCGCCGGGGAACUUCCUCACGGGGUUCGGCUUCUACGACCCGUUCUGGCUCAUCGACGUCGGCAACGUCUGCAUCGCCGUGCACCUCAUCGGCGCCUACCAGGUCUUCUGCCAGCCCAUCUACCAGUUCGUCGAGGCCUGGGCGCGGUCCCGCUGGCCCGACGCCGCCUUCCUCAACGCCGAGCACACCGUCGCCGGCGGCCGGUUCUCAGGUCAGCCCGUUCCGCCUCGUGUGGCGCACCGCCUACGUCGUUGUCACCGCGCUCGUCGCCAUGGUGUUCCCCUUCUUCAACGACUUCCUCGGGCUCAUUGGCGCUGUCUCCUUCUGGCCGCUCACCGUCUACUUCCCCAUCCAGAUGUACAUGGCGCAGGCCAAGACGCGCCGAUUCUCGCCGGCGUGGACGUGGAUGAACGUGCUCAGCUACGCCUGCCUCUUCGUCUCGCUGUCGCCGCCGCUGGCUCCGUCCAGGGCUCGUCAAGACCUCAAGGGCUACAAGCCCUUCAAGGUCUCCUAAAUAAGGACUGCAUGCCUCUGGAGUCUGGACGACGACAUGACACAUAG